CUAAGGCGGUUGCGUUCACACAAGCCCUGCACAGUGGUCCCUCCAUUACUAAUACGUACACACAAUCGCCCGAGCAAGGUUCAGAGAUAAGACAUACAUAGUUACAAAGUACCAACCGCAGUUUGAACCCCACCUUAAUUAUUUGAUACAAAAAUCCACCAGAAGUGGUCUGGAUUGUAAUUUGUUGCAUGUGAGAAGUUGUUGCUAACGUUAUCUACGUGUACACCACAGCGCACUGUGGAAUUUAGGCAACUGAUCACACAACAUUUGGGAGGAGUUUGUCUGCCGUGCAACCGACUUUGGGCACCGGUACCGACGUGCUACAAGGCACGGCGUUUGCAACUUCUUCUGUCCAGUGACGACGUGGAAACCUAACCAUGGACAAAGGAGAUGUCAUUGAGGAGGUGAAGCCCCAGAAGGAUUACUUUGUCUUCUCCAUUGUGUCCUUUUUCUUUUGCCCUGUUUUCGGGAUUCUGGCGAUAUGGAAGUCCUCAAAGACUCGGGAGAAGCUUCGCAAGGGUGACGAUUGGUACGCUGAACUGGCCGCAAUGGACGCUCUCAAGUGGGCCUUGACAGCGGUGGCCGUUGGGGGCGCUGUUUACUUCAUGGCUAUUCUCCUCGUCAUUUACUGGUUGGUCAGGUACUACUUUGGCAAUGACGAAAGUCCCUUCAUUGAUUUGUGAGCUGAGCCCGCCCAAUGCAUCCCAGCAGCAACGAUCACUCGUGGGUUGCUUUUGCGAAAGCAAGAGAGAACAGACUCUUAUUUUGCAUGAUGAUGAUGGCGCCCUACAAGUAAGUCCGACAUUCAAACGACAGUUUGGGCACCACGGUUUGCUGUAUAAUUUGGGUCAAAAAGAACACUUCUCUAAGUCAACGAAGACAUUUUCCGGCUCAUUUCGACCCGAGAAAGUGUUCUUUUUGACCAAGCAAUGGGGUGAAUCAAACCGAUGGAGCAUAUGGUAGAGUUUAAAACUAAUGAUCUCUUACCAUGAAGUGAAAAAGAGAAAUAAGAGGCUUUGUGUCGAAUUAGUAAACGUUGGAGGUUUGUUUAGAGACAGUGUCAAUUUUAUACUUCUGUGAUUUACUCGAAUAGAGGGAAAGGAGCACAAAGGCAGCAGUGAUUAGACAUUACGUUAAAAAUUAAUUAUGUAAAUGUUCACAUACAUGUAUGGCAUGCAAACCCUUUUGAUUAAAAAUUGUAAUUUUUUUUAUUUCUAUGGUAACACGAUUAUAUCUAAUUAAUAAUUACACGUGUACUUUCUAUUUAGUCACUACCUUUUUUGUUCCAAACCCCUCAGUUUUAUAUAAAAUAACUUGUUUAAAAGCUAGCAAAAUAUCUGAAUCCUCUUGGCGAUUACUUGAGGAGUAAUAUUUUAGAUUUUUCUAGCAAAAAUAAUUGUCAUUUUUUGUGAAAUACAGAAUUCAGGCUCGUGAAAAAAAUACCUUCUUAUUCUAAACAUGUACCGCUCUUUAAGCGGACUUAGGCUAUGCAAAAAAGGCUAAACUAGUUCACCAUGAUAGAAAAAUCAACCGUAAUAUUUAGUAUUUUGAAACUGAUAAUGUAAAUAAUUCUCAAGUAUACAAUUAUGAAUUUGUUUUAAUUACGCACAGUAAAUGGGCCUGCUAUUGAAGAAAUUCUUCCACUGGUCUAGUCUCAUUCUGAAAACCUUUUGUUGUAGCAUUCUAAAAGUUUUGAUGUAUAUGUACAUGUGAAUUUGUCGCGCUCAUUAUUAACUAAAUUUCUGUUUGUUCUGAAAUACCAGCCAUACAUUUCGAUCAUCAUCUCGAUGGUUGGGUAUGAACUGUUGAAUAAAACCAAUUUAUAGUACAAUAAAUUA